AUGUCAGUCAAGGAUAUAUAUUUCUUCAAAUACAUAGUAAAUAAUCAAGUAUUUUUCAAAUCCAAAUUCACUUAUGCAUUAGUCAAUCUAAAACCUUUAGUGCCAGGACAUGUUUUAGUAGUGCCAUUAAGGACAUCAGUACUAAGAUUUGGUGAUUUAACACCAGAUGAAUCAAUUGAUUAUAUGAAUACUUUACAAUUGAUUCAUAAAUUCAUUUCAAAAAUUUAUAAAGCAGAUUCAUUAAAUAUUGCUAUUCAGGAUGGCCCAGAAUCAGGUCAGCUGAUACCUCAUUUGCAUACUCAUAUAAUACCAAGGUAUAAAAAAGAUGGGUUUGGAGAUUCAAUAUAUAAUAAAUUAGAAAAAGAUGAUUUAGAAACAUAUUAUAAUGAGUUUGAAAAGAGGAAAUUGUCUUUUUUGAAUAAAGUUGAAAAUACAAAAAGUGAAUUGGAUCAAAAUGAUAAUUUUAGAAAUGAAAGAACAAAAGAAGAGAUGGAGACAGAAGCUGAAUAUUUGAAAGAAACAAUUGAAAAGUUUAUUGCUAAUUCAGACAAUAGAUUGUGA